AUGGCUCGGCCUGGGACGACGAGGUCUUUGGGAUCCCCCAGUCCUCCCUCCAGAACAGGACCCCUUGGCCAGUUUCCAGACUCAACCCCCGACUGGAAUAACCUCCAGGUCCUCCAUCGCAACACUCUCCUCCCCAGGAGCGACUUCUUUGUCUACGGAAACGCCGAAGACGCCCUAGCCUAUGACCCGGCCAAAGCCAAGUGUCUUUGCCUGUCCGGUCAAUGGAAGUUUCGCCUCUCUCCCUCCCCCUUCGAAGGGCCCCGUGAUUUCUGGAUUGCCGGCUUCAACGCCUCUACCUGGGAUGAUAUAGCUGUCCCAGGCAUGUGGCAAUGUCAAGGCUUCGGUCGAGGUCCUCAUUACACGAACUACCGCUAUCCGUUUCCCGUUGACCCUCCCCACGUAUCCUACUCCCACAACGAAUGUGGCAGACACAUCACCUCUUUUCACAUUCCUAACCACUAUGUCGGUCAUCAACUGAGACUGCGUUUUGAAGGUGUUGAUUCUGCUUUUACCGUCUGGUUGAACGGCUUGUAUGUGGGCUAUUCUCAGGGGUCACGGAACCCGAGUGAGUUUGAUAUUACCGCUCUCGCGCGUGUCGGCGACAACGAAUGCAACGAGACCGACAAAGACACCGACAAAGCCAAUGUCAACAUCCUCGCUGUAGAAGUCUACCAGCGAUGCGAUGGUUCCUAUAUCGAAGACCAAGACCAGUGGUGGCUCAGCGGCAUCUUCCGCCAUGUCUACCUCCACGCCUUCCCUGAGUGUCACCUUGAAGAUCUUCACAUUCAGCCCCUUUUGGACGACGAUUAUGUCGAUGCCACUCUCGUUGUCGACCUUACCAUGACGGGGACCAUUGCCGAGACCAUCCCGAUAAGUGUCGAGCUGGUGGAUGCCCAUGGCCAAUGCAUCUCUCUUGAAAUAAAAUACCUGGACCCUUCUGACACCACCACCACACACUCUCACUUCAAACUGCGCAUCGUCGACCCUCACAAAUGGACCGCCGAAUCCCCCUACCUCUACACCCUCCUCGUAAAUAUCCCCGGUGGCGUCGUCCCGCAAAGGAUAGGUUUCCGCCGCGUAGAGAUUCGCGACAGCGUCUUCCGCGUCAACGGGAACCCCGUCAAGCUCCGAGGCGUAAACCGUCACGAACACCACCCCGACGCCGGCCGCGCCGUGCCCUACGAGUUCACCGAACAGGACCUCCUCCUCAUGAAGAGACACAACAUCAACGCUAUCCGCACCUCUCACUACAUCCAAGACCCCAGCCUCUGCGACUUAGCCGACGAGCUGGGAUUCUGGGUCCUCGACGAAUGCGACCUCGAAUGUCACGGCUUUGUCAGUGUCGGCGGUGACCCGGCCAAGUUCACCUCGGAUAACCCGGACUGGGAGCCCUCCUAUCUAGACCGCGCGCGGCAGAUGGUCGCGCGGGACAAGAACCACCCGUCCGUCCUCAUCUGGUCUCUCGGCAACGAAUCCUUCUACGGCCGGAACCACAAGGCCAUGCACGACUUGAUCCAAACCCUCGAUCCCACUCGCCCUGUCCACUACGAGGGUGACUGGCAGACCGAGUCGGUCGACAUGCAUAGCCGGAUGUAUCUUCCCGUCGACGGCCUCCUGGACUUUGGCAGACAGAAAGGGGCCAAACUCCCGCUCGUUCUUUGUGAAUUCGCCCAUGCCAUGGGGAACGGACCUGGUGGUGUCAAGGAGUACAUUGAGGCUUUCUACGAGUAUCCUCUGCUGAUGGGGGGUUUUGUCUGGGAAUGGGCGAACCAUGGCCUGCGGACGAAAACCCCCGACGGCGAAGAAUACAUGGGCUACGGCGGCGAUUUCAACGACGAGCCCAACGACAAGAACUUCGUCAUGGAUGGUCUCUGUUUCUCCGACCACACACCCUCCCCCGGUCUUGUCGAGUAUGCCAAGGCGAUCGAACCCGUGCAGACACUGGGCCUGGAAGCCAACGAGGUCACCAUUGUGAAUCGUUAUGAUUUUCUCACUCUUGACCACUUGACUUGCACGUAUGGUAUCGUCGCCGAAGGUGAAGACGACGCCAAAACCGACAUGACACAGACCAACCUCGAGAUUCCCAAGGGUAUAAAGCCACACACCAAAGCAGUACUGAGACUCCCAAAUCUGCCCAGCCCGCCUCACAAAGAACGGGAAUCGUAUCUCCACCUCCGCUUCACCCUUUCCCAACCCACAAACUGGGCUCUCGCCGGCCGCCAAGUAGCAUGGGCCCAACUCCAACUCUCCAAACCCGCUCCUCUUCCCAAACCCCUCCUCUGCCCCCCCCCUCCCGGCGCCGUAUCCAUCACGCAAGACUCCCCUUCCACCCUCUCCGUAACCUCGGCCUCCGGCUCCACCACAUGGGGCUUCAACCUCCCCCUCGGCACCCUCGCCAGCCUAACCCGCCACGGCCACCAACUCCUCACCGCGCCCUUCACCAUCGACCUCUACCGCGCCCUAACCGACAACGACAGAGGCGGCCGCUUCGGGAAAGAAUGGCACCAAAGCAGACUGCACCAGACCGAGACCCACGUCCAGGACGUCAAGUGGUCCUCGUCGUCGUCGUCGUCGUCGUCGACGCAGCGCCACGGUCUCCACAUACAAAUCCGCUCGAAAAUCGCCCCGCCCGCCCUCUCCUGGGCCGUGGACCUCGUAACCACCUACCACGUCCGCGGGGACGAGCUGCACAUCGCCCUCGAAGCGGAACCCCCUCCGCAUGCGUCACCGCUGCAUUCCCCGACGACGUUCGCGCGGAUCGGGUUCACGGCGGGGGUGGGCGGCGUGGCGAAAGUGCGCUGGUGGGGGCGCGGUCCCGGGGAAAGCUACCGCGAUAAGAAGAUGAGCCAGGCUUUCGGGACGUGGGAGCGCAGCGUUGACGAGUUAUUCGUUGACUACGAGUUCCCGCAGGAGGGGGGCAACCGGACUGACGUGCGGUGGGUUGAGUUUCUCGGGCGGCCGUGUGGUGGGCAUGGGUGUGGACCGUGUGGUGCUGCUGGUAACCAGGGGACAGGGACCCCACAGCUACAACGGCUCCUGCGAGCGCGGUUCGGCGACUUGGAAGGGGCGUCCUUCUCAGCUUCGCAUUACGCGACCGCGGACCUGGAUGCUUGCGAGCACCCGUAUGAACUGCAUGGCCGGAGGAGGAACGACACGCUGGUGAGGCUCGACUGGGCGCAUCACGGGCUCGGGACGGGUUCGUGCGGACCUGAUACGCUGCCCGAGUACCAACUCCGGGCGGACAAGGGGUUUACCUUUGCGUUGCUUUUGGAUUAGGAGGCGCGGUCUUGAAAAGGGAGGCAAAAAAAUGAGAGAGGAAAGGAAAAAGGCCCAGCCUUGAUUUUCUCAAAGGAGAUGAAAAUAUGUAUCCCUUUAUGAAUCGAAAGGGCACUUCGUCUUCGCAAGAUGAAAGAUCCUCCCGCCCUCAAAGAUCACCCAGGUAUCUCAGUGUCCAAGCCACCAUAUCAUUUCCAUAUCGUCUCCGAGUUCCGUUCUUUGUGUUGCAAUAUUCGCUGGACGCUAAAGAGCAAAGUCAUUCGUCGUAUCCCAUAUCUCGAUCAUCUUUUGCGUCAUAAAAACUGCCCCCCUACGCCCAGUUCUCCGGGCUGAUGCCAAUGUUGCCAAUGCUCCACCGGUCCACAUUGGCCUCCUCGUCCCUCUCCCUCUCGUCAAUGGGCCGCGCAAACUCGGUCAGGAAGCGCAGCAUCCAGCGGUCCAUGCGGUAGGUGUCGUCGGUGCUCUUGCG